CCCACUUCACAGUGCAGAAAAAAAAAAAGUGGUCCGUUGUACAACCGUAUGAAUGUUUAGUGCGGAAAACAUUUCAGUGCAGGUGAAAUGUCUUUUUAACAUUUCUAACAUCGAACCAAUUCGUCAUCACGGCUGCAGAUCGGCUGAUUUUAGAAGUUGGACUGUUGAGCAGAAAGACAUCCUGGUAAAAUUAUUGAUUUUUCCACACACAGAGAAAUGUUUGAGGAUUAUCUGAAUGUGAUGAUUUGGUUGGACGUCCGCGUCUGUUUCCCCUUCACUCUGCUGGCCAUCGGUUUGUGUCGCAUGGUUCAGUUUGACAACCUUCCCUCCAUCUACUACACAAACCUCCUCACUGCCAACGCCGUCCAGCUCAUCACUCUGAUUGCUACUGUCGAAACAAAAGAUGGACGUUUUCCUAAUUCCACGUGUCUCAUAAUCUACGGCGGCGUUGCAAUGGUCAGUCUGUACCUCAGGAUGGUCAUGGCCCUGGAAAGGUGUUUCUUCGUCAUCCAGCUGUCCUUCAUCAGACAAACUAAAUAUUCUGUAAUAAUCUGUGUUUUGGUUUGGGUUAUCUGCAUGCUGCUUUUUCCUCUCCUGAUAUUUUUCCGCCGUAUUUCAGUCAUGUUUGUUUUUGCUCUCAUUCCUUCCAUCAUCUUCCUCUUGUGUCCAAUCGGGGCCUUCAUAUCUCUGCCUAGAGCCGCCUCAGUGUCUGCUGAAGGAAAACGUAGAAUCAUUGCAACUUUUGUUCUGCUGCUGAUUAAUUACUCUCUAACAACUGUCCCACCAGUUAGUUUCUUGACCUUUGAUUCAUAUUAUUAUCGUAUGCAUGAAGGCACACAGCUAUUCUUGACCUUGUUUCUGCUCAGUCCUUUCAUGGAUCUGUUUCUGUUUGUUUUCAUGCGUGAAGGACCCGUGGACAAUCUGCUGACCUGUCUCUGCUGCUGCUGCAAGAUGGAAACACCUGCAGUGGAAGAUGGCAGCAGAUUCUCUGUCUGACUGCAGCUCAGGUAGAAAUAAAAGGAGAGACCGAGCAAAUGAGCAAAAUAUUACUAUUAUCCCCACUAAUAAUAAUGUAACAGUGAUCAGUCUCUAACAAAUUAUAUAAAUAUAACGCGGCACUGCCUGAUUAAAAAAAUAGUUUAGUAUAAACAUAUUAAUCCAUUCAGAAUCAAAUAUGACCUUUUUUCCAGCAGUUGAAUUUUACUGAAAUAGUAAUAAAAAAUAAUUUAUCAGCCAGUAAAAAUGUAAGUUAAAAGUUAAAUAAUCUAAUCGAAAUUAGUUACUCAGUAAUAAUUAGGGAACAUUUGAAGACAUGUCAACAUGAGUUUUAAAAAGUGAGUUAUGAAUGCAUGAAAAACUGGUUCAGUAAAGAACAAAUGAAACAUCAGGUGGACGUUUCAUCACAUUAAUGCUCAGUUAACCUGAAGUUUAAGCUCCAUUUUCUCUGCCAAACGGAUCUUUUUGGUUUUGGCUAAAGAUUAAACAGAAUCGAGAAACAACAUGGUCUUAAUAUUAAUAAGUAACAGUCAGUCUGUGCAUCAAACUCCAGUUAUAGAAAAGUUGUUUUUGUUGCAUGUAUUAGUAGCAGAGCUGUUAGAGUUUGAUCCCUGCGAUUUGGAGCGUUAAUGUUUGUGAUCCAGUCACCCUGCAGUCAAACACCUUCUGAAAGCACCUAAUCAGAAGCUGAUGUUAUUGAUCAGUAGAUGUAAUCAGAGUCUCACGUUGUGGAGGAACUUUCACAUCGUGACACUGAUGCUGCAGUCGAUUCGGGUUUGCAGAUAUUUGUUUUGCUCAUAAGGUCUAAAAAGGAGCCGAUCAUCCUGUUCACACCUGCAGCUGAUCAAACGUCCAUUUUGGUUCAAUUUGUCCAAACCGCGUCGUUACAGAAGUCUGGUGGUUUAUUAUUCAGAUGAAACUGUGUGAAUCACUGUUGAGCUGUUGUGUUUUUGGAGCAACAAAAGACACAACCUGCAUCAAACCAUCAAGUUUUUCCCUUUCAGUUCUUUUUUAAUGCAUUGCUUUAACAUUUAACUCAUUAGCUGAAUCCUGCAGAGUCUCAGAGGUUAAUCUGUCGUUGUCCAGUGUGACCUUGAGGAUUUGUUGUGAUGUCAAUCCUUACAUUACAACUCUGUAAUUUAGUGGAUCACCAUGUGUCCUGCAGCCUUUAGCAGCCUCCCUGGUCCAACCUGCAUCAAACAGCUGAAUCUCCUCCUCAGUAUAACGACCAAGUUCUUCACAUCCUGUUGAAACAGAGAAUCGUAAAGGUCACAGGUCACAGGACACUGACCUCCAAGGACUGGAGGUGAAAACUUCUGCUUUAGAAAAUGUAUGGAUAUUUUUACUUGUGAAUCAUUUUCUCUUAGUAGGUCAUUAAUUUAAAAUGUUUUUUUAUAUUUCUUCUCAGGUUUAUGUUCAUAAAUUGUGGCUCCUUUAAUAUCACAGAUAUAAUUUAUAUCUGUGUUUCAGAACAACAACAAAGAUGAUGUUCAGUUAAAAGAUUAUCAGAAAAAAUCAGAAACUUGUAGACAUUUUUCCUCUUAAUUUCAUUGGAAGUUGUAAACUUAAAAAUAAUAUAUAUAUUUUUACUCCUGUUACAUUUAGAAGACAAUGCUAGAAUCUUCAAUCACUUCUUGAUAUCAUUUCAUGUGUAUGUGGUUCUGUGUGCAUCGUUGCU